AAAAAAUCUGACAUGAAUAAUUUUGACAAAUAAUUUCGCCACUUCUAUUUAUUUGUAUGUAGUGUUUACAAAUUUUAAUCUAUUAUCUAAGUUUUAAACGCAGUAUUUGCUACUCAUUUCACACACCAAAUGUCUGAUACAGAAUCUAAAGACGAAAAAAAACCUAUAGUUAUAAAAAAUGCAACCGAUCUACAGAGAUUAAAGCUCGAAAAACUUAUGAAAAAUCCAGAUAAACCGGUGGUGCUACCAGAGCCACCAAAAUCAAAAUCAUUGGCUCCUCCGCCUGAUUUUGUAAGAAAUGUAAUGGGAUCGAGCGCUGGCGCAGGUUCCGGGGAAUUCCAUGUUUAUCGACAUUUGAGAAGAAAAGAAUACGCUAGGCAAAAGUUUAUACAAGAAAAAAGUGAAAAGGAAAAAUUAGAUGAUGAAUAUCACAGAAAAAUAGAGCAAAACAGAAGACAAGCCGAAGAGAGAACAGCAAAGAAAAGGGCCAAAAGGUUGAAGAAAAAACGAAAUGCAAAAUUAAAAGGAAAAAAACCAAAGACUGAUAAUAAAGAAACUGCAUCAUCACAAUCGGAUAGCAGCAGUGGGGAAGAAGAUAAUGAUGCUUUGAAAGACUCCACUAAGGAUUCACAGAAUGACAGCAGUGAAGACAACACGGUAACUGAAGAAAACAGAAACAAACUAAAUGAGUAAACUUGUUAAUAAUACAUGUAAUAAGAAAGUUGUUAAAAUAAAUACUAAGCUCAAAUUA